CCAAGUUUGCAGUAAGUAGAAAGAGUUUAAUUUCAUGUUUCAUUACACGUUGCGUACGUGCACAAUUACAGGGAAGGUGGAGCACACCUCUCCACGUUCACUCUGACAGGAAAAUGGAGGACAAAAGGCACAGACGAGGCUCUGGAAAAGGCGCACACCACAGAUUGUCACAGUGAAUCAGUCUGGAGUCAGAAAGAAGGUUGCAGGCCGAGGAGCAGUCAGGACGUCUGGAGGAGAAACAGUGUAGAGAGAACUUACACCGGCGCUGACAUCUAACCCUCUUCAGCUGGUACCAGAGGUGGAAACACUACCUCCUGGGACCAAGAGCUCUAAGAGUUUCCUUCGUUGAAUGGUUUGAACCAGUUGAAUGGUAUAAUGAGACCCAGUAGUACCCAGAUAGUUACUACACAAGAGCUACAUUUAGAAAACAUGGUUGCCAAAGAAUAUAUUCCAGUCUUACUCAUCUGUUCCAGGACUAUUUUAGAUACAUGCUGAGUAUUUCUAGGAAAAAAGUGUCUUGACGUUCUAGCACUUGCCCUUGCGUGUGGUAUUAUCUUGGCAGACCGUUUGACAGUUUGUUGAAGUGGAUGUGCUGAGAGGUGUAUUAGAGGUGCUAAUGAAGAACACACUCCCACUUGAGAAUGAAGCAGUUAACUAAUCCUGUCUGGGGUGUAAAAAGAGGAGGGAGGAGGACAGGAAGUGUGAUUUCCCUCCUGAGGGGCACUCGAACAUCUCGCUACUGAAAUGUCUGACGAGGAAAAUGCCUCGUGAGCGCGUUGCGACAGUAGAGACCAGAAAUCACCGGUUCAAGCUGUCAGAGUCAGAUGGGAUGUCUCUAGGAAGGACGUGGUCUUGUGUGUCUCAGUCAUCUCUGAGCAUGUGCAGUCAUAGGGUUUACAAAUUAUAGUGCAUGCUAAGGAGAAAACAACGGAUCCAACCAUGUCACAAAAACUAAUGAAGAGCGCGCACUACAUCGAACUGGGCAGUUACCAGUACUGGCCGGUGCUGGUCCCCAGAGGUAUUAGGCUUUACACGUAUGAGCAGAUCCCGGUGUUCCUGAGAGACAACCCGUACAUCACGGACGGAUACAGAGCUUAUUUACCUUCAAGACUAUGCAUCAAAAGCAUCUUCAUCCUGUCCAAUGAGACAGUGAACAUCUGGAGCCACGUGCUGGGCUUCCUGCUGUUCUUCUCCCUGGGCGUGUACGACAUGGCCGCAGUGCUGCCCUCCUCCGGCGCCUCCCGCGAGGACUACGUCAUCUACUCCAUCGGCCUGUUCUGCUUCCAGGUGUGCAUGCUAUGCUCGGUGGGGUACCACCUGUUCUGCUGCCACCGCUCUGAGAAGACGAGCCGGCGCUGGAUGGCGCUGGACUACGCGGGCAUCUCCAUCGGGAUCCUGGGGUGCUACGUGCCUGGAGUCUUCUACUCCUUCUACUGCAACAAUUACUGGCGGCAGGUGUAUCUGGUGACUGUGCUGGCGAUGAUCCUGGCUGUGUUCCUGGCUCAGAUCCACCCCCACUACCUCAGCCACCAGCGGCUGCGCUCGCUCACCUUCUGCUGUGUGGCUGGCUGUGGCCUGGUCCCCACUGCCCACUGGGUGCUGCUCAGUGGAGGCUUCUCCUCUGACAUCGUGCAGGUGUUCCUCCCCCGGGUCCUGGGCAUGUACGGCAUGGCAGCGCUGGCAUUCCUCUUCUAUGUUUCUAAAGUCCCUGAACGCUACUUCCCAGGCCAGCUGAACUACGUGGGCUCCAGCCACCAGCUGUGGCACGUCCUGGUGGUGCUGAUGUUCUACUGGUGGCACCAGUCUGCCGAGUACAUCAUGACCUACCGCCACAGCCACCCCUGCCCUGACUACCCACAACACACUUAGGACAUGCAACACGCUUAGGAGCCAACAAGCCAAGGAGCCGGCAGCAUCAGGGCUCCAGGUGGGGCCGUGAAAGUGCAACAGGCCUCAGGCCUUUGUGUGGCCUCACAGCUGAGGCAACAGGCCUCAGGCCUUUGUGUGGCCUCAGCUGAGGCAACAGGCCUCAGGCCUUUGUGUGGCCUCAGCUGAGGCAACAGGCCUCAGGCCUUUGUGUGGCCUCACAGCUGAGGCAACAGGCCUCAGGCCUUUGUGUGGCCUGAGCUGAGGCAACAGGCCUCAGGUCUGUGUGUGGCCUCACAGCUGAGGUCACUGUUGGGUUCAACUGGACGUCCUUUCGCCAUCCUCCUAAAUGAGCAAAAUCAUGCCAAUGUUACCUUUCAAAACACAAGACUUUAUUAUUAAGGAUUUUACUCAAUUUGAGUAAAUAUUUGUAGCAGUAACAGACCGAAGGAGGCUUGGUUUUCUUGACCGACAAAAGCUUUGAAAUCCUGAGCUAUUCUCCCUUCGUGCUGAUCACACAAGGUAGCACAUUAAUAUUUAAAAUAUUUUUCCAUAUAACUGAUGGCGGAUGCUAUACCACUGACAAGGUACUUGAAACAUAAAGGAGCUACAUAUUUAUUCCCCUUUAUUUGAUUUACACACGCAAAUGAACUGGGCGAAUCUAAACUUCAGUGAUGAGCAAAAUUCAUUGCAUUGAGUCUGUAAUAAGUGUUGACACAUUUAGUCAAUUAUUUAUUUUAUUGGGGGUGUCCCAGACAGCAUAUAAACAACUGGGUUCCUCACAGCUACUAGAACGUUCUUCAACACAGUGGUCUAGUUGACCUCUGCAGCCCCUCCGACGGACGCUCUCUACACUGUCAUCCUCUCAUCAGAGGGGAUUUAGCUGGAUAACUGUAUUACUUGUACAUUUGUUAACGUAAAGCUGUGAGACUGCCGAAUUUAGUUUUACCGUAGCAAAAUCUGUUGUCUGCCUUCCCCAUGAGAAGCAUAGAUGAUUAAGACUUUCAUUAACAUCAGUUGAACAUUGACAAAGGCUAUUCAUGAUGUACUUCUUUAACCUAUGAGGGGCUUGUGCAAUGACAAUGUUACUUGUUUAAUUUGUAUUCUUAAGUAUUUAAACUUGAGAGAUUUUGAAUGAACAAAAAUUUUACUUGG